CAGUGGUAACUUCACACUCUGCAGCCUGUGUAGCUGAGGCCUCUGCACAGCAGUCUCCUGCAAGGCAGGCAGUGAGGUCAGCCUGGCAGGUAUCACCCUCUCUAGCCAGGAUCCAGUCUCAGGCACUGGUGCCCCAGGACCUGAGCAGAGAUGGCUGAACAAGAAGGCAGUGGCCUGCAGGUGCUGUUGCAUACACUUCAGAACUCCUCUGAUAAAGCAUCAAUCCUGGCCAUCCUCCAGGUCCUCAGCGAUCUGCUUUCUGUUGGCACAGAUCGGAGGAUUUACUAUAUGAUUGACAAAGGUGGCAGUGAAGCCCUUUUACAGACUCUGGUGGACACAGCAAGGUCAGCUUCUCCUGACUAUGACAUCCUCCUGCCUCUCUUCAGGCUGAUGGCCAAAGUUGGCCUAAGAGAUAAGAAGUUUGGACAGAAGGCCCUGGAAUUAGAAGCACUUGACGUGACCUUGAUUCUGGCCAGGAAAAACCUGUUUCAUAGCCAGAACCUCCUGCACUGUCUUUGGGCACUGCGUGUGUUUGCCUCCAGUGUAACCACAGGAGCCAUGCUGGGAAUUAAUGGAGCUAUGGAACUGCUCUUCAAGGUCAUUUCUCCUUACACUCGAAAGCAUACCAGGACAAUCAGGGCAGCCACAGAAGUUCUGGCAGCAUUGCUGAAAUCCAAGUCUAACAGCCGCAGGGCAGUGAACCAAGGCUAUGUCACCAGCUUGCUCAGGCUGCAUCAGGACUGGCACAGCCACGAUGUGACCAACACCUAUGUGCUGAUCCGCCAUGGGCUCCUGCUCUGUCUCAGGCACAUUGUCACUCUCCGGUCUGGCAGGGAGGCCUUCCUGGCAGCCCGAGGCAUGGAGACUCUCUUCAGCAUCGCACAGACCUGCCUGGACAACAAGAGCAUGGAACCUGUGAUCUCUGUGGUGCUUCAGAUCCUCAGGCAAUGCUACCCUGAGAGUCCACUUCCCUUGGUCACGGCCAGUAGUGCUUACACCUUCCCAGCUAUCGGGAGCACCAGCUCAGAGCUCCCACAAGCUCUCACUGAAGAAGAUGUUGAAGAUGAUGGCGAGGAGGAAAUGGACAAAGAAUCAGAUGUGGAGGCUGUGAAAGAAGAUGAUGACUUGGAAACUGAUCUGAACAGACUGAGUUCUAAACCUGGUCUUGACCGUCCUGAGGAGGAGCUGGCACAAUAUGAUGCUAUGUGUCCUGAGCUCUCCUGUAGCUUUGAGGAACUAGAACCCAAGUAUGGAGAUGAUUUGAACCUGAGAGACACUUCUUAUGCCAGUCACUAUCACAUUCCAAAUGCUGCUUCUCUAAGACAACAGUGCUUCAGCAAGGAGCACAGCUCCUGGAGACGAGAAAGAGAAGACAUGGUUCAAACUUCCAUUCUGGACAUGGUGAAGUCAGGGAAGUCCACUACACAGCGAUCCUCAAAACAAAGACCUACAAUGAAUGCAAACCAAAGUACACAACACAAUGGUUUGGGGGUAGAUUCCUCUGGAUAUAAUAAUACCUCUGACAUCCAGGCUUCCCUAGAAGAGGCUGCUUGGGACAUAGAAUCAAUUUCUUGCCCAAGGAUACCUUCCUCAUUUUCCAACUCCACUAAGCCUGAAGAAAACAAAGAAGCUGCAGAGAAGCUUCUGCAAGUGCAUCCCAGGCACACACCUUUCCAUGACCCUCAUCUUUAUAUGGCCAAUGCUAUGAGAACCAGAUCUGCUGUGGGAUUUAAGAUGAUGGCAUUUCCUGAAUUCUGGGGUCACUGUCCGCCUCCCACUGCUCAGCCCAUUCUGGAUCGCAAAUGGGGAAUACAGAGGAUCAAGAUACUUGAGGAUAUCCGGAGGUUCCUCCAGCCAAGUGAUGUUAUAAAUAAAGUUGUCUUCAGUUUAGAUGAGCCUUGCCCUUUGCAAGGCCCUAUUUCCAAUUGCUUGAGAUUCCACUCCAAGUUUGAAUCAGGAAAUCUUCGCAAAGCCAUCCAAGUUCGCGAGUUUGAGUACGACUUAUUGAUCAAUGCUGAUGUGAACAGCUCCCAGCACCAGCAGUGGUUCUACUUCAAGGUGAGCGGCAUGAGGGCUGCCAUCCCUUACCGCUUCAACAUCAUCAACUGUGAGAAACCCAACAGCCAGUUCAACUAUGGGAUGCAGCCGACCCUGUAUUCUGUGAAAGAAGCUCUUCUCGGCCGACCUGCCUGGAUACGGACAGGCUCUGAAAUUUGUUACUACAAAAACCACUAUCGUUCGAACGCAGCUGCCAUGGACGGAGCAUCUGGGAAGCGUUAUUACACCCUCACCUUCUCUGUCACCUUCCCACACAAUGAGGAUGCCUGCUACCUGGCCUAUCACUAUCCCUACACCUACUCCACCCUCAUGACUCAUCUUCAAAUUCUGGAGAGAAGCAUUGAUGCCAGGCAAAUCUACUUCCGGCAAGACAGUCUCUGUCAGACUCUGGGAGGGAAUCUGUGUCCGUUGGUGACUAUCACUGCUUUUCCCGAAUCUAACAGUGCCAAGCAUCUGGAACAGUUCCGCUGUCGUCCAUAUCAGGUGAUCAUGGCCAGAGUUCACCCAGGAGAGAGCAAUGCCAGCUGGGUGAUGAAGGGGACCUUGGAGUUUCUAGUCAGCAGUGACCCUGUGGCAAAGCUCUUGAGGGAAAACUUCGUGUUCAAGAUCAUCCCUAUGCUCAAUCCAGAUGGUGUCAUCAAUGGCAAUCACAGAUGCUCACUGAGGGGCGAGGAUCUCAAUAGACAGUGGCUCCUUCCCCAGGCUCAUCUCCAGCCAACCAUCUACCAUGCCAAAGGUCUCCUCCACUACCUGUGCAGUAUUGGCCGGGGCCCUGUGGUCUUCUGUGAUUUCCAUGGUCACUCCCAAAAGAAGAAUGUAUUCCUUUACGGUUGCAGCAUGAAAGAAACUUUGUGGCAAGCAGGCUGUACUGUGGGUGGAUCUGCCCUAGUGGAGGAUGUUGGCUACAGGAUGCUUCCUAAAAUACUGGACAAGCUAGCACCAGCAUUCAGCAUGAACAGCUGCAGCUUUCUGGUGGAAAAGUCACGAGCCUCCACGGCACGGGUAGUGGUUUGGAGAGAGAUGGGUGUUUGCAGAAGCUACACCAUGGAGAGCAGCUAUUGUGGCUGCAACCAGGGCCCCUAUCAGGUACGUGAAACUAUAGGGCCCCUUGCUAUCUGCUCAACAGCAGAAUACAGAAACAGGGAACAAUAG